CAUUUUUUAACGUCACAACAAAACAGUCGGCGCGGCCACUCAAAAAGUCUCUGUGCUUAUUCGAAGUAAAGAAAAUAAUUUGUAUUUUUAUUAAAACUAUGUCUAAUUCCAACGUUAGGAAUCGUCGCGUUUCUAUGAGGCAGCUUGAACUUUUGUGGGAAUUCUUAAAUUCUAAUAAAGACAUUGCGACUGGUUUUAACCGCUCCUUACAGGCGAAAGAAUAUUCGGCUAGGAAAUGGCAAGAAAUCGCCGAAAUUCUAAACGCACAAGGAGAUGGUGCACUCAAAGAUGGAAAAAUGUGGUCAAAGUAUUGGGUGGAUUACAAGGCAAAAUUAAAAAAAAGGAAUGCCGCUCUACAUUCAUCCAGACGGCGAACCGGAGGAGGAUCAGCUAAUGAGCCACCUUUGUCCCAAAUAGAGGAUAAAUUUUUAUCCAUACUAGGAGUAGAUUUUGGUCAAGGUAUGGCUGGAAUCAGAGUGGAUCCAUUAACAGAGGUAAAUAAUUGAAGUCAUGUCAAAAAUGAAUGUGUAUAUAUAAUUUUUAUAAUUGUUACUAUUUUGUGUAC